AAUAUGCCUUCCGCUCACCAGUCCUCUCCGGCUCCUGCGCCUCCCCUCUAAGUCUCUUACAUGUAUCUUUGAUCAAACAUGGCUCCGUUAAGCCUUAGCUCGAAUUACAAGUACUGGAUGCUGGUUGUCGUGCUGCUCCUGGGGGUGGUGGAGCCGCCGCCGGCCCGGUCUGACUUCGCGAGCGACCGGGAGGAGUGCUCGAGCCAGCUGCCGGCGGUGCAGACGUGCCUACAGUACGUGCAGGGUAAGGCGGCGGCGCCGACGCCGAACUGCUGCUCCGGGCUGAAGCAGGUGGUGGCAGCGAACAGCAUCAAGUGCCUCUGCAUGAUCGUCAGGGACCGCAACGAACCGCAGCUCGGCCUGACGAUCAACGCCUCCCUUGCGCUCGGCCUGCCGUCCAAGUGCAGCGUGCAGUCCAACGUCUCCGACUGCCCCAGAUUACUAAACCUAGCGCCUAAUUCGACGGAUGCUCAAAUUUUCGAACAAUAUGCAAAGGAUCAUCCAGAUGCAGACUCUGCUGCCGGUGCCUUAGGUAAUAAUAAUAGCACGGCGACGAGCAGCAGCAGAGAGAACGAGAGGAGCUCCAGAUUAACCAUGGCGAUGAGUUUGGCCUUCCUCAUUCUUCUCCAUGUCAGAGUCCAAGUUAGAAGGAAAGAACAUGCCCAGAUUAAUGUUUCGGGUUUGAUUUGUGGAUGAGUAAAAAAUAAGAGAACAAAAAAUAUUAUUGCAAACGCAGUGGACGAGAAUAAAAUUUACAUCCUUUGUGUACCUUAUCAUGGUAGGAUUCAAGAAAAACAAUGAUAUAAAUUCGAGCAACAACACUUGUUACAAAGAUCAAGAAUCUUGGACUUUCUUUUUGAUGUCAUAAGUGACUUGCGAUUCCCUAGAACAUUCAUUACAUGGAUAAGGAGUUGCAUCACCGCUACUUCUUUCUCCCUAAUAAUUAAUGAAGAUAUUUAUGAA